AUGUUGCUACGCUCACCUCGCCUCCCCCACGCGUCCCUCCACGCCACGCACCCCGCCUCCUCCUAUUUAGGCGCGCCCCUCCUCCCCGCCCCGUUCUUCCGCACCAACUCGAAUCUCCCACUCCCAACCGCCCGGCGGACCUUCCCGAGCCUUCGCCACGCAAUGGCAAUGCAGCCUCCCCCCUCCGGGGACGACGCGCGCGAGGCGGACGCGCUCCUCCCGCGGAGCGACUCCGCCGGCCGCCGCCGCUCGUCGCCCGUGCAGUCCGCGUCCCCGAGGCCCCCGGGCUCGGCCGGCCCCAGGAGGCAGUCGUCCUUCCGCCACGACGUCGGCCAUGCCGCCUGCGAGACCUACCUCGUCACGCGCCUCACCUUCACCCUGCUCCAGUACCUCGGGUUAGGUUACCGCUGGAUGAGGCAGCUUCUUGCCCUCGCAAUCUAUGCCAUUCUACUUAUGCCAGGUUUUUUGCAAGUUGGAUAUUACUAUUUCUUUUCAAGUCAGGUUCGUAGAAGUAUAGUUUAUGGAGAACAACCGAGAAACAGGUUGGAUUUGUAUAUACCCAAAGAUAAUAGAAGACCCUGUCCCGUGGUGGCCUUUGUAACUGGUGGGGCCUGGAUUAUUGGUUACAAGGCAUGGGGUGCCCUUCUUGGCAGGCGGUUGGCUGAGAGAGGAAUCAUAGUUGCUUGCAUUGAUUAUAGAAAUUUUCCUCAAGGAACAAUAAGUGACAUGGUUAGCGAUGCUUCUCAGGGGAUCUCAUUCGUGUGUAACAACAUUGCUAGUUAUGGAGGUGAUCCUAAUCAGAUCUACUUGAUGGGUCAGUCAGCAGGAGCACAUAUUUCAGCAUGUGCCCUAAUGGAACAGGCAGUAAAAGAGUCUAGCGGACAGCCCAUUUCUUGGAGUGUUACACAAAUCAACGCAUACUUUGGUUUAUCUGGAGGAUACAACAUCCAUAAUUUGGUCGACCAUUUCCAUCAGCGUGGUCUGAACCGUUCAAUAUUUCUCAGUAUAAUGGAGGGAGAAGAAUCAUUGUCACGUUAUUCUCCUGAAAUUGUUGUCAAGGAGUCAAGUGCCCGGACCAUAGCUCUACUUCCUCGUAUCUUUCUUAUGCAUGGAACAGAUGAUUAUUCAAUACCAUCAUCUUCCAGUCGAACUUUUGUAGACGUCCUUCAACAAGCUGGUGCCCAGGCCACAUUAUUAUUGUACGAAGGGAAAACACAUACAGAUAUAUUUAUACAGGAUCCUCUUAGGGGUGGAAGGGAUCCUUUGGUUGAAGAUGUCUUUUCUGUUAUUUAUGCCGAUGAUGCAACUUGCCGAAAUGCAGCUUCUGCGCCAACUCCAAGGCGCCUGGUUUUUGAGUGGCAAUUGCAGUUGGCCCGUUGGAUUAGUCCCUUCUAG